UAAAAGGCAAACGGAGUGUGGAAGCGCAGCGGUGCAGAGUUGUAUCAGACACAUGAUGCUCUAUGAGGACAUCUUUGACUCGCUUCACUGAGAUAAGAUAACAGCGGCUACUCGAGAAUUUCGGACGUUUUCAUUCACCUGUUCUCACAUUUCGACUUUUUUCGUUUGUUUUUUUUUUAAAGUUGAUUAUUCAUUUCUAAUGUUUCACGUGUGAUGGCUAACGCAUCAUCAUCGCUUGAUGUGGGAGUUUUGUUUCUAAUCGUGGUGACAGCAUCUUUGACCAACGGUUCUUCAUUUAAGAAAGAUGUGAGCCAGAGGAAGGAGGUGACAGCAUUCGAGCAGAGCGCACGUCUGCCUGGCGGGGUGGAGGAUCUCACCACUGUUGCUUCCCACGUUGAGCCGUGUUCUGACUGCGAGCCACCAUUAGCCAGGAGGCGAUCCAAGAGGUGCACAUGUUACACUUACAAAGACAAGGAGUGUGUGUAUUACUGCCACUUGGAUAUCAUCUGGAUCAACACACCGGAGCACACAGUACCAUUUGGUAUGUCCAGUUACCAAGGUUCCCUGCGUUUAAGACGCUCCGCUAGGACCGAGCGGGUGAGGAUAGGGGUGGAGGCUCAGCGCUGCGUGUGCUCACAAUACAGCGACGUGGACUGCAUCAGCUUCUGCAAGAUCAGUCAGACGAGACCACACACAGCAUUGCCAAAAACAGACGAGAGGACAGCAACUCAGCGGAGCGGCCCUGCUGUGAAAUAAGUGCAUUAAAAGCGGCGUGCCUAUGAACUGAGAAGUGGUUACACAUUCUAAGACAUAGCGUGUAUAUCUGCGUUUCUGUAGGUGGCUAUCUUGUAGUGUCUCAUCAUCAGACUGAAGGAUGUGUAACACCAAAGGUGCUUGCACAAAUCUAAAAGCCAGCAAUUCCACGUUGGACGCUAACAGAAUCUCCGCCCCUCUUCUCUCCCGCCAACCUCUGCUCAUCUUUCAGAACUUGCUUCCUGUGUCUGUUCAGCAGGUGUGCAUGAUGGUUUCCAUUACUCUGACACAAGUGAAGCUAGUUUACAUGGCUGAUUUGUGCGGACUAUAAGACAUUUGGUUGCUCACACACAAUGUGGAUGCCUCUGCUCCAGGGACAUCACUGAAACUCCAUGGCAACAUUGGCACAACAUCAAAGCCAGGAAGUCAGCAUUACUUUCUUUUUUUUACAAAUUCAGUUUGUCACAGUUACUGAAAGAGUCAGGAUAUCUUUUUUUUUCUUUGUAUCAUCACAUUAAGGAUGUUCUUUAUUGUAAAGCACAUCUGAGAUUUUUGGAGGUAACAUAACUGAAAACAAAAGUUAGCAGUCUGUUUUAUAAGCUGAAUCCAUUCCACGGUCGUGUGUAUGUGAAAUGUGAUCCAAUACAUAAAGGCUAUAAGUUAUUUUUCAUACAAACCAAAUACGAUAGUAAAGGUGUGUAAUAAGAUGUUGUAUAUAGAUAUAUCUGAUUAUUCUAGCCAGCAAGUCUCUGUAUUGAAAAAUUUAGAAAAGUAAAAAAAUUGUACCACAAAGUAAAUUUAAGGUGCCACUUCUUUUUCGUCUGUUUUUCUUAACCUCUUAACAUCCAUCAUACUGGCAGUAAUCCUUUGAGGAGUAUUGGCAAGGUUAGAUUGACAUCUACUCUGUUAUAUUUACCUCUCUGACAUAGCACAUGGAAAUCUAACCGGAAAUCUCUAAAGCCAAAGUGCAUGCAAGAGAGUUGAUUUCAAAGUUAAAAUGUUUCACCUUCUAAAACUAUGUUUUUUUACCAUGUGGCUAAAUGUCGACUAACUAACUCUACCACUACGUGGUUAACUGGCACCCUGGUGGAUGUUAAAAGGUAAAUGACCACGGAGUAAACAGCUGAUCACCUGUGCAGGAGGGAUGUUAAAAUAACUAAAACGCAGAUGAACUCGGACAAAUUGAAGACUUCUUUGCUUCAUGUUUGAAACAUUCUGAUGAACAUCAGGCUUUAUUUAAAGAUAUUUAAAAUAAACUUGAUACCUAAUUAACAUGUCUGAUCAGAGGCUCCGUUACACAGGGAUAAUAAACUGUUGCAACUAGCUGUUGUAUAUGUUCUGAUAAAGUCAGCACACCAUGUUUAUUGUAUUGCACAGCGAGGUCAGUACUAUUAUAAACAUUAUCCUGCAUUUGAGUAACUGACAUACACAGCUAUGCAGCAUAACUUCAGAGAGCUUUAGCCUUCAUAUUAAAUCUGCUGUAUUUAUGUCUCUGUAAUAAAUAAAGAUAAAAUAUUAAAA